AUGGCGCGCUUCUACGGCCUACCAAAGGUCCACAAGCAGGGGGUGCCGCUACGCCCCAUCGUCUCCUUACGUGGUACUCCAACCUUUGGGCUGUCAAAGUGGCUGUACCAGCGACUUUGUUUCCUUACCAAGGAUUCGGAGGGGACAGUGAAGUCGGCUGAAGAGUUCUUGACGCGCAUCAAACAUCUCGAGGUGGAGGCAGAUGAGGUGAUGGUGUCAUUCGACGUGAUCUCAUUAUUCACCUCCAUCCCACCCGCGCUGGCUAUCGACACUAUUGAUGGCUUUCUCCGGGAAAAGUAUGAUGAGACCGACCAACAGCUCAAACGAGCACACAUCAUCGAGCUCCUAGAACUGUGUCUUAAGACCUUCUUUACAUUCAACGGCCAAGUCUACGAGCAAAAGAAGGGGACACCGAUGGGCUCGCCUCUGUCUGGACUAAUUGCCGAAGCAGUUUUGCAGAGACUCGAGCAGCAGGUCUUCAGCUCGUACCCCCCGAAGUUCUGGGCCAGAUAA